CACCCCGCCACCGUGCCCACGCUCGCCCAGCUGAUUGGAACCGCGACAGGCGGCGCAGCAGCAACUACGACCACCGCAACAACCACAUGGAGUGACCGUCAUGGCGGAGAGUUUCUGUUUCCGUUCGCUGGUCAUCGACGUCGUCGAACCCAAAGGUCCAGUCGUGCCCAAACCUCGCAGUGGUCACAGAAUAGUUGCCAGCGGUGCCAGCGUCUACGCUUUCGGAGGUUACAAUCCUGACAACGCGGGUGAAGAUCCCAGCAGUGCCCUGUUCAAGGAACUAUGGAGGUUCAACUCGUACACCAAGCGGUGGACGAACCUUUUCAUGACGGGGGUUGUGCCGACGGAGCUUGCCUCACACGCGGCUCUACUGCACCACGACAAGAUGCUGGUGUAUGGAGGCACGGGCGUUCCCUUUGGGGAGCGAAUUUCCAACCGGCUUUUCGCACUCAACCUGCGCAGCCACCACUGGGACCAUGUGCCAACCAGUGGCGACAUCCCCUACGAACAGUAUGGACAGGCCAUGUGCUAUCAUAAUGGCUACCUAUAUGUCCUUGGUGGCACAACAGGCUUUGAAUACUCUAUGGACGUUCAUCGAUUGUGCCUAGAUGACCUUUCGUGGAAGCGUCUCUCCUGUGAAUAUGAGCCUACGCGAAGGUAUCGACAUGAACUUGCUGUCUACGAGGAUCGGAUCAUAGUGCUUGGAGGUGGCACGGCACAUGACAGUCUUCCCCUGCGCAAGCUGCCGGCAUUUCACACAGUCUCUCUUCGGUGGGAGUCCCUGUUCACAGCGCCAGAUCCCCGCCAUGGUUUCCCUCCAAAGCGGAGAUGCCACAGCAGUGUUCAGUACCAUAACUCCGUUUUCGUGUGUGGUGGUCAUACUGGCACGCGGGUCCUCGAUGACGUGUGGAGGCUAGACCUGCCAACUCUCCAGUGGUGCAGGUUGCCCAUCUCUCUGCCAAGCCCAGUCUACUUCCAUGCGGCGGCCGUGACUGAGAGCGGCCAGAUGUUUGUCUUCGGCGGUGUCACAGCAGUAGAUGGCAUGUCUCGGUGCAACAGCCUCUGGUCCAUGUGGCUCACUGUGCCCAGCUUGCUCGAACUCUCUUGGCUGGCUCUUUUGCAAGCUGCACCCUGGCUGGCCACUCUGCCUCCUAAGCAGCUUGCGAGGGAUGGUGUUCCCUUGUCCAUCCUCGAGAGGCUACAGCACUGAACUCAGGCUUGUGUUGUCAGUGCUGGUGAGGUGGCAAGAAGACUUCACCAGAAAGACACAAACCUUUGUGUUAGACUUUGGUGAGAUUCUGCAGGGAGCCGUCAGCAGCUGCAAAUAAAAGAGAAAGCAGAAGGCGCUGCUCGCCUCCAACUGGUUGUUCAGCGGACAGGCCAUUUUUCGCUCUGGAGAAGUACCUUCUUGAACAUGGAUUUGCCAGGCUUGGUAACAACAGGCUUGCUUAAAGAAAGCAAUAAGAGCACCUCAUCUUCCAGGAUGGCUGUAAGACUUUAUUUCAUUGUCAACAAUGUUUGCCAAGGAUUGAACUCGUUAGAGCAUUGUUAUGUUGAGCAAACUUUGCACAAUCUCAAACUGGCUACUUGGCAUUGGCGAAUUAAUGGAAAUCGACCGAAAUUUUGACACCGAUGUCUCUGGUGUGAUUCUGCAGAGGGCUUUGAUGCUGAUGUGGCGUAACAGGCUUUCAGAUUCUAAGGUGUGCCUACUUGUUUCGAUGUGUGGCCUAAGGUGCUGCAAUGGCUUAUGCAGUUUACACAGGCCUGCUGCAUAUUUGUUGGGCAACUUGGCUUGCUGGUAACAAGAGUGGAAAUAACACAGUGCUUGUGAAAGUGGAAUCUCCAAGUUAAAAAAAAAAAGGGGUGGGGGCAUUUUAUCAGUGCCUCACCAUAUAUUCAAGGGCAUUUGCAUAGAAAUGUUAGCUGAAAGUGUAACUGUAAAAGCCAGAGUGAAUGAAUGGGUAUUUGUCUGAACAUUACUUACAAAAUGCACAAAAUGAAAUUUACUUUUUUUUUUUUUUUGCAAGCUCAUAAUAAGCAUAGCUUUAUGGGAACCUUUCGAGCAUUCUUAGAUGAAACGUACUGUGGGAACAGUUGAGUGGCAUUUAGUUCCUGUUCCAUAUGCUGAUGGCGUGUUUCUUGCAAGGUCAAUGUAUUUGUUGAAGCAGGACAUGUUGUGUGCAAAGAUCUGAAGAGCAGACACUUUCAUGCAGCUGUUUCUGGCAAGUGUGAGCACACUGAGGUUGGCAUGUUUUCGUGACCACUGAUGUGAUGCCUCCCUCGUGAGCUGCUUGUCGGUGUUUGAGGUGCUACAUUGUUGUAGGAGAAGCGUUUUCCUUGAGUGUGUUCAAGCUCUCUGACAACAUGACCACUUAGAUGACCAUGACAUUUAGAGGUUGCAGAUAACUGCCAAGCAAGUGCUUUCUCAUGUUUCAGAAGCAGCACGUAGCCAACCUGAAUUGUUAUAUACAUAGUGUUUGACUUAUAUAACUAGUUGACUAUACAGAGAUAUACGGCUUGAGAAGCCUUCUGGGCAUGGCUAAUCUAAGGAUGGGGACUUUAGACACAGUGAAACGUGUCCUACUGUGUGCAUGCAUGCUGACAUGGUUUACUGGGGCCGUAUUCUGAAACAUUCCACUUCACCGAAAUUUCUUUUUUCGCUUUCAGGCGCGCGCUGAUUGGCUGGUUGAGCAAAAUUGAAUGACGUCGGGCUCAACCAGCCAAUCAGCUCAUCCAAUUUUGCUAAAACAGCCAAUCAUCGCGCACCUGAAAGCGAAAAAAAUUUCGCCGAAGUGGAAUGUUUCAGAAUACGGCCCCUGAAGAGUGCUUUCAAAUGGAGGCACUUCACACUUCCAUCCUCAGAAUACCAGUACCUCUAACUUAAAACACUAACAGCAAUGGUCAUUUUUAUAGGUGACAUUUGGUCUUCAGCAGAGAUCAUUAUCAGCAGUGAAAUAGCACAGAAGAUUACACGUGCUUAUGAACUGAGCAUGUGUUGCAGUUCUUUGCACCAUAUUUUUGUGUAAAGUCAGUGCAGUUUAUUAGGGCACUUUAGCGUGACCUUAUUGCUUUACUGCUACUGUUACCACCCCUGCUAGGCACCAAGUGUACAUCUGCUCAAUGGUGUAGCAAGCUUGCAGACUUGUCAUCCAGCUUAGGUUGUAACAGUAGAGGCACGGCGGUACAUGCAGUAUGCUAAAACACUGUGUUAUCCGUCCUCUCAUUUUAUUGGAACAUCCAAAAAAGGCCAAGCAAUAGAUAUGCAGAAGGAUGAAAUGCCAGCAUGUGGUAAUGAAUUUGCUUGUCAUAGCUAACAUAUAAAUUAACCUGCUAGAAUGACUAAUUCAAUUUAUUCAUUAUUAUCUACAUCCGGCUGUAACAUAAUGGCUAUGCCUUUGAUCUCAUCAAUGUUGCAUCUUGUGCAUGUCUGUAUGAGAACUUUUAAAUGGUAUUAUUAUGCAUGUAGAUACCAGUGUCAUUUAUUGUCUGUAUUGUAGUGUUGGGCAAGACUUCAUGAGUGCUAGUUGCUGUACCGGCUUGGUUUUUUUGGCAUCCAAUUUACUUUUGCGAGUGUUCAAUGGAGCACAUAGCGUCAUCGUUGAAUGUUUUGUUAGCCAUGUCUUGAGAAAGGCUAGUACAUAGAGUUUCUUACUGUUACUUUGAGGGAGAAGUGGUGCUGCAAUGCUGCUGUACACAUCGAAAUGCCAGGAAUGGGUGCUUAAGAUUGGCAUCUUUCUAUGAUAACCAGGACCCAUUAAAGAAACAUCUGGUGAAUAGCGGUCUGUUGCAGUGGUUGCUUGUCUACUGAAACGGCAUUUAAAAUGCAGUUUCUGUUUUUUUUUUUUGUAUUAUGCCAAAAAAACACAAUUUAUCAAUACCUAAGUGCUUAUGCUAGGAUCUACACUUAUAUCAAACAUUAAUGGUACUGGAAAGGAGACGAUUAACAGUAGGCGUGCAAGCGAUGUCCUUAAAGUAAACGUUUCGAAAAGGGGACUUGUCUUGGCUGUGGCUUGGCUUUGACAAAGACAAGUCACCUUUGUCGAAAAGGUGGCUCCAUAGUCCUCUCUGUGUGUUUCAAUUGUAUGUUUCCAUUUUCCUUGCUUGCUUGUACUGUAUAUGAGUAAACGUUAAUUUAAGAUGUAAUUUGGGAGAACCAUGGCUCUUUUAAAAAUAUUUUGCUCAAAGAAAGCUUCAGUUGUACAGCCAUGAGCAUGCUCUAGGCCAAACCAUGUUCAAAACAAGUCGAGUCAGCCAUACAUCGACAUUCCUGUGGUGACCCAGUGCACAUUAGGAAACUUGCAUAUACAGUGGCACUAGAUUUCCCUUCAAGUAACAUUGUAAGAGACUCGGUGGGGUAGUACGUGUACUACAUGGUAGUUUGAAACCAGAACAAAGUGCACGCGCCGCUGACCCCACCAUACAAAACUUGCGAUUAUUCGAGGUAUUCCAUGUUUCUGGCUAAUUUAAGCAAAAUCGUAUUAGUUGUCCUGACCUGUUUUAAGUGUCGUUCCAAUUCAGUUCAAGCUGCACCUCAGCUUUAUCAGUAAUUUUUGCUUUCUCACGCAGCAUUUCUGCAGCCACUAACAACUGGACAUAACUGUACAAAAAGUGCUGAAUAAAUGAGAUGUGUGGUUUUGACUGUUGAA